CCAACCCAAGCCUUUCUUGUCCUCAUUGUUGUUGUCUUUCUUCGUCUCAUUCUCUUCUUCUAUAGCUGUCGUUCGUUAUCUCUUUUGGUUUGAAAGGAUGUCAUUGAAGCUUUCCAAGCUCUCUUCUUUGCCCCGAAAUCAAAUCCAACCCACCAGGAAAAAUGGCUUCCUUACAACAACUGCUUGCCGAGGAAGUCCUUGAGCGCGGAAAAUUCCCCAAUAGUACUCGAAAGCCUGCGAAAUUGAGACAGAGGACUCAACCAGACGAGUCAAUAUCACUGCCUAUAUACAUCUGCCAUGACCGGAAGACUGUUACCAAAAAUGGGUCUUCCUUAUUUUCAUCAAAAAGGGUGAGUUCGGUCUUGGAGAGAUCGAAUACCAAGUCAACGGUGUCAAAGGGUUCAAGAAGAGACGAGCCUGCAAUUGAUGAAGUUGCCAUCCGAGCGGUGAUUUCAAUCCUGAGCGGAUACGUUGGCCGGUGUGUAAAGGAAGUGAAUUUCCGGGAAACGCUUCGAGACAAGUGUAAGUCUUGCUUGGUGAGAAGAAAAAAAGAACCGGAUAAUGGGAUUUUCAUGAACAUGGAACUCGGAAUUGAGAGCAUAGAGAAGUUGGUGGAGGAGGAGGAUCAAGGGACGACGACCAAGGAAUUAAGGAUGAAGACAUUGAGGAAUUCCAUUCAGCUUCUAAGCGUUGUUGAUUCCUUAAAUUCUAGAAAGUCGAAGAAGGGUUCAACAUGUGGAACACCCAAUUCUCAUAUCUCUGCGUGCGCUCAGCUUUACUUGGCACUUGUCUACAAGCUUGAGAAAAAUGAUCGAAUUUCUGCUCGCCACCUGCUUCAAGUUUUCUGUGAUUCCCCAUUUCUAGCUCGAACCCACUUGCUUCCUGAUCUUUGGGAGUAUUUCUUUCUUCCCCAUCUUCUCCAUCUUAAGGUAUGGUACAAUAAGGAGCUUGAAUAUCUCUCCAACACAGACUAUGAUGCUAAAGAGAAGAAAAUUCAGGCCUUGAGCAAAAUGUACAAUGAGCAAAUGGACAAGGGAACUACUGAAUUUGCUCUCUACUAUAAACACUGGCUUGAACUUGGGGUCAAGGGACCUCCAGUACUUCCUACUGUGCCUUUGCCGUCAAAACCCAGCACUGGAUCCUCAAGAAGCAGAUCCUCGGAGUUGGAUUCUUACAGUUCGCUGUCCUCCACGAACAAGAACUUAUACCGACAAGUAUUCGGCUCCAUCCUUGAGCGACGAUCUAUGGACUUUGUUCAUCAAAUUGGAGCCCCAACCAAUACAUGGAAUUUGGUGGAAAAGGAGAAAAUGUGUACUGAUGUAGAUAACUGCAUUUUUGUUCAUAAAGGAGAUGGGAGUCUUCGAAGGGCAUCAAGUCAAAGGUGUGGAGAUUCAAGGUCUCAACUAUGGUCCGAGACACAAAAAUCAGAGUAUUUCCGGUUUCUUAACUGCCGAAAUGUGCCAACAGAAUGCUUAGUGGAUGGGAAGCAUACAGCCAAGAAUGGUUUAGUCGGAAAGGAAGAAAAUGGGCAUUCAAAUGAUUUAAGCAGAGCUAUUUACACUGUUUGCUCCUCAGAUAUUCUAAGCGAGUGCGAAAUAGCAAUUCGUGUAAUCACCAAAGCCUGGCUGGACUCACAUGGUGAUCCUGCCGUUGAAGCUGCAUUAUCAGAAGCAUCCAUUAUCGAGGGGAUGCUAGAGGUUUUAUUUGCUUCUAAUGAUGGUGAAAUUUUAGAAUUAGUAAUAUCAAUUUUAGCAGAAUUUGUAGGGAAGAACGAAAUGAUUAGGCAAAUUACACUGAAUUACGAUCCACAGCUAAAAAACUUCAUGAGACUUCUGAGAAGCAGUAGUCUAUUUUUGAAGGCUGCUGUUCUGCUUUACCUGUCAAAGCCCAAGGCAAAACAGAUGAUAUCAUUUGAAUGGGUGCCGCUAGUCCUUCGAGUGUUAGAAUUUGGAGACCAGUUUCAGACCCUUUUUAGAGUUCGGUGCAGUCCUCAAGUGGCUUCAAUUUACUUUUUAGACCAACUUCUUACUGGUUUCGAUGAAGAUAGAAACUUAGAGAAUGCCAGACAGGUGGUUUCUCUGGGGGGACUCAACUUGCUGGCGCAACAAAUUGAUAGUGGGGAUACUCAUGACAGGAAAAAUGCUGCUUUGAUCAUGUCCUGUUGCAUUCGAGCUAAUGGAAGCUGUCGAAAUUACUUGGCUGAAAAGUUGAGCAUGGCUUCCCUUCUUCAACUUAUGGUUCUUGAGAGCCGCAAGAGUUGUAGUAGUAAUAGCUGUGCUUUUGCUUUGCUAACCGACUUACUUUGCCUUAAUAGAAGAACACAGGUGACAGAAUUCUUAGACAGACUGAAUGAAGGAUGGAGUGGCUUGAACACCACGCACAUUUUAUUAGCCUACCUCCAGAGAGCACCACCAGAAGAAUACCCACUGGCCGCAGCAAUAUUACUGCAGCUUGAUCUUCUGGGUAAUACUAUGGCCUGCAGUGUUUACAGAGAAGAAGCGGUUGAGGCAAUGAUAACAGCGUUGGAUUGUAAUACAUGUAACAAUAAGGUUCAAGAACAAUCGGCAAGAGCUCUUCUGGUGUUGGGAGGCCGUUUUUCUUAUACUGGAGAGGCAUCAAUAGAAAGAUGGCUUUUACAACAAGCAGGUUUCCAUGAGACUCCAGGGGAUUCUUUUCAGAGCAAGGGAAUUGUCAUCGACGGUUUUUUCAUGCAGUCGAAUGAAGAGGAAAAGGCAACAGAAAAUUGGCAAAGGAAAGUAGCCACUGUCUUGUUCAUCUGUGGGAAUAAGAGAUUAUUGGCUGCCCUUUCAGAUUCCAUAGCCAAUGGCAUCCCAAGCUUAGCACGAGCAAGUAUCAUUACCGUUACUUGGAUGGCCAGCUUUCUCCAUUUGGUUAAAGAUGAAAAUUUGCAGAUCAUGGCAUGCUCAAUUCUCAUGCCACAGUUGCUAGAAUCCUUGGAUUACAAUAAAGAUAUCGAGGAAAGAGUGUUGGCUUCAUAUUCACUGCUCAGUCUCUUAAAGAGUUCAGCAGAGCGUGUUUCAAUGAUGUCAUCAUGGGAUAAAGAGUUGCUCGGCAAACUCCAGAAUCUCUCUCUGGUAACAUGGACAGCAAAUGAGCUUGUUUCAAUAUUAACAAGCAGCAGCUGGAGGCCUCAGUAAUAUUGGCCCGGGUAGAGAAAUGCAAGCUGUUCCGCUGUUCGUUAAGAAAAUCGUAUCUGGAGAAGAUUAUAAACGUUGUAUGUUUAUGUAAAUUUUCUUUUUCUUUUUCUUUUUGCCCUCCAUUUUUGUUUAUAUUUUUGGAAAAAAAAAAAUGUAAUUUAACCCAACAGUAGUGAUAUUGUUAUCUUGACAGCAGCGAUUGUCGAUAUACAUAUGUAUAUUUGAACAUAUACAUAUGUAUAUGUAUAUUUAAAUUUAUAUUUGAACGUAAUUCUAUCUACA